AUGCUCGAGGAGUUUCAAGUAUUGCUCGGAGGAUUUAGCCUAGCAGAUUUCUUCCCUUCCUUGGAAUUCGUAAAUAGUCUAACGAGUAGGAAAUCUAGACUUCAAAAGACUUUUCGAAGCUUUGAUAAACUUUUUGAUCAGUUGUUGAGUGAACAUCUCGAUCCCGAGAGAGAAACAGAGGAGCACAAGGACCUUGUGAAUGUCUUACUCGAUAUACAAAAGAAUGGAUCCGGGCAUCUGCCAAUCACAACGGAUAAAUCAAAGCUAUCAUCUUGGUUAACUAUUACAAUAGAGAUCAAUAUUUCUCAUAUGUUACUGCCACGGCAGGGCACAGGAUCUGAUACAGCGUCCAUCACCCUUGAAUGGGGAAUGACAGAGCUCAUCUUGAAACCCAAAGUCAUGGAAAUAGCACGAGCAGAAGUACGAAACAUCGUCGGAGAUCAUAGAAGAGUUGUUUCAGAGAGUGAUCUGCCUCACCUGCACUACAUUAAAGCUGCCAUCAAAGAGAUACUGCGAUUUCAUCCUCCUGCUCCAGUUCUAGUACCUAGAGAAUCCACGGAAAAUGUGAAUAUCGAAGGGUACGAUAUUCCAGCCAAAACACGUUUGUUUUUCAAUGCCUGGGCAAUAGGGAGAGAUUCAGAAUCUUGGGAAAACCAAGAUACGUUUCAGCCUGAGAGAUUUAUGGGUAGCACUGUCGAUUUCAAGGGGCAGCAUUUCGAGCUAAUACCUUUUGGUGUUGGUAGAAGAAUAUGCCCAGGAAUCACAUUUGGAACAGCAGUUAUUGAGCUCGCUUUAGCUCAACUUCUCCACAGUUUUGAUUGGUAUCUUCCUCCUGGUACCACAGCUGAAAAUUUUGAUAUGAAAGAGGUUUUCGGGAUUACGACGCACAGGAUAUCUGAUCUAACUCUCGUUGCAAGACCACGCUUUCCCGUUGGCUAUAACAAGCCAUAAUUUAAACGUUUUAUCAUUGAUCACAUAGUUCCAUUUUGUAAAUACAAUAAUUUGGCUAGGACUAGGUUACUAAAAUGAUAAAAUUUAUCUUAUCAUUAAGUUUGCAUUUUAGAUGAAUGUAAAUUAUUUUUGACUUCAUCGAUCUAUAACAAUUUAAGUUUAUCUAGGAAGUAUUAGAAAUUGUUUU